CCCAGUCAAAAGUCUACGCUUUUCCUACUCAACGAAGCUCCUUCGAAUUUUCUGCUCUCUCUCUCUAUAUAUACAUAUAUAUAUUUACACAAACAAACACACACAAAAAUUGGGGAAGAAAAAACGUACCGGUCUUAGCUGAAGCAUUGGCAAUGGCUUUGAAAGUGCUUUCGGCUUUGGACAGUGCGAGAACGCAGUACUACCACUUCAAAGCGAUAAUAGUCGCCGGGAUGGGAUUGUUCACCGACGCGUACGACCUGUUCUGUAUAAUUCCGAUCAUGAAGCUGAUCGGAAGGGUAUACUACGAGGACGUCGACGUUGUGUCAAACCGGUACCAAGUUCCGGCCGUCGUUAUAUCGACGAUGCUGGCGGUGGCUCUGCUCGGGACGGUGAUCGGUCAACUGGUGUUCGGACGACUCGGUGAUCGCAUCGGAAGGAAGCGAGUGUACGGACUCGCAUUGAUGCUGAUGGUGAUGAGCUCUAUUGGAUGUGGAUUCUCUAUAGGCAGGUCGAAGACGUGUGUGCUGUUGAGUCUAGGGUUUUUUCGGUUUGUGCUGGGGAUUGGGAUCGGAGGGGAUUAUCCGCUGUCGGCGACGAUCAUGUCGGAGUUUGCGAACAAGAGGACACGUGGCGCGUUCAUAGCUGCUGUUUUCUCGAUGCAGGGGUUUGGGAUACUGGCGGGUUCGACGGUCACGAUGGUGGUUUGCGCCAUCUUUGAUCGCGCGUCGGACCCACAUAAGGAUCACACGCCGGGGGAGGCUGAUAUCGCGUGGCGGCUGAUCUUGAUGAUCGGUGCUGUUCCGGCGGCUUUGACCUAUUACUGGCGUAUGAUGAUGCCGGAAACUGCCAGAUACACAGCCUUGGUAGAGCAAAACCAUCUACAAGCAGCCAUGGACAUGGAGAAAGUGCUAGACGUUUCAAUGAGUCAGAUAGCAGAGGACCAAGUAGAACCCCGCCCAAAUCCACCAUCUUACCCCAUUCUCUCCAAUGAAUUCUUCCGCCGCCAUGGCCGCGACCUCUUCGCUUGUGCCACCGCAUGGUUUCUGGUCGACAUUGUGUUCUACAGCAGCAACCUUUUUCAGUCUCAGAUAUACGACCACUAUCUCCCUCCCAAGGACAAACUCAAUGUCUACCAGGAAGCAUAUCAUGUCGCCAGGCUUCAGGCCAUCAUCGCCAUUUGCUCAACAAUUCCGGGAUACUUCGCCACCGUUUACUUCAUCGACAGCAUUGGGAGGGUCAAGAUCCAAAUCAUGGGCUUCUUUUUCAUGGCCAUUGGCUUGUUUGCAAUAGGAAUACCUUAUUAUGCGUAUUGGGCUAACCACACAAACAUAGGCUUCAUGUUCCUUUACGGCCUCACAUUUUUCUUCUCAAAUUUUGGACCUAACACAACCACCUUCAUAGUUCCGGCGGAGCUUUUUCCGGCGAGGUUCAGAACGACAUGCCAUGGCAUUUCUGGGGCUGCUGGGAAGGUUGGGGCCAUCAUUGGGUCAGUUGGGUUUUUGUGGGCUUCACAUAAUACGAGAAAGGAUGGUUAUCCCAAAGCCAUUGGAAUGACGGCUUCUUUGGUGAUAUUGGGUGGAGUUUGUAUAGUGGGAAUGAUCACCACUUAUUUUUUCACUCGUGAAACAAUGGGGAGAUCAUUGGAGGAGAAUGAGAACGAAGAUGAGACCACUGAGCUUUGUUUCUUGAGGUGUUUUACCCAUUCUUGCGUUCACCCACAAUCUUCUGUUGCUGAAGUUGAUGCCCCAUGAUUUAUACUCACCCCGAAAAAUGAAAAAUGAUACGGAGUACAAUGAUCUGACUGUUUUAUGUGAAUGAAAUUAACAUCAUGAUAGACUUCAAUCGGGAGAGUUAAUUCCACCAACAUAAAAUCAACAGUCAAUGGACCGAACUCCGCCACGUUCUCUCUCUCACACACGUAUAUAUCAAUCCUUGAAGCAGGAAUAGUUGAUUAGUUCCCCUUCUCUUCUAUUAAUGUACAGGUUAGUGCCACUAGCUAGGUUUGUGCAAGUUUUGUAAAUUUUUGGUGUCGAAUCUGUAGUUGUUCGAAAACUUUUACCUUUUUUUCUUUUUCUUUUUUGUAAACUAUUUUAGUAAGUAGUUGUUGUUCGAACUACGGAGUUCGAUUAGCAAAUUUUAUGUUACCAUUCUGUAAAUUAAGGUUGAAAGAGUAUC